ACGUUCAAACGGCGGUAGAGUCUAUUUCCAAUGUACACACACACUGUUGUUGCGGCACAUGUGUUCGACAUUUGCCCGUCCGGUAUAGACCCGUCGCCCGUACAGAAUAGGAAGUGCUGUGUGUGUGUGUGUGUUUAUUUUUUUAUUUUUUCCCAAAUCUCCUUACCCAGCUGAUCGGGUUGUAUUUCGGUUGAGCUCUUCUUGCACACACACACACACACGGUUUUGUGUGUAGUAAUACACCGCAGUGUCUCUCCGGAUAGAAGUCACACACCAACUGCUUACUGUUGCUGAGCGGGGAAAAUAGAAAUUUCCAAACAAAAUACCAAAAACCUCCCCCCGAAAAUACGACUACAGGCUUGAAACCCCGUGCCCACCAUGGACGCUACGCCGUACGUUCUCCCGCUGUUGCUGAUCACCAUCAUAAUGCCAGUGUUCGAGGGCUGUGAUCAGACAAGGCAAGGAUGCAGGAUACAAGAGGGAACGUGCCUUUGCGGCGUGGGAUGUUAUUCCGAGUACAGGUACAGCAACUACGAAGAAUGCCACAAAGCGUUAAAAGGUCGAAGAUACGAUUUCUGUGCUCAAGGCCCGUGCUAUCAUAACGGAGUUUGCGUGCAAACCUCACAGGAACCAGGGUAUAAGUGCAGAUGUUCAGGCACGGGAUACUACGGUGCAAGAUGCGAGCAAAAAUGUUUCGAUCAAUCCCACACAAAAGAAGUACCAUUCGAAUGCAUCGUUAUUUAGACGGCGUGUCUGUACCUAUUAUCGUAUCGAAAUUUUGAAUUUUACGAACAUUUUUAACUACUUACAACCUAAUGUUCAAAUUUUUUUUUUUUUUUAAUGUAUUAUUGUCAUUUAUUAUAAUAAUUUUUUUUACCUGCGUCGUAAUGUUAGAUAAUGUCGUAGUGGAACAUAAUAAACUUGAAUAUAUAUAAAUACGUGUAAAUUUCAUCGAUAGUUUUUUAAUUAUUUCUCAUUAGUUAGAAUGAGACAUUGUUACUCUCCCGUUUUUAUUAACCAUAUAAUUAAAUUCAACCAUUUUGUAAAUAUUUAUAAAAAGGUCAGG